ACAUCAUGGCCAAAUUCGUGAUUGCAGGUAGAGCAGAUUGCCCAUAUUAUGCUAAAGCAGAACUUCUGGCAGACUAUUUACAAAAGAAUCUUCCUGAUUUUCAGACAUAUAAAAUUACGCAGCAUCCUCAUGUUUGGGAGAAGUGGCUGAAAGAUUUGUGUGAAGAGAAUAAAUGGAGCCACCAAACUUCUCCCAUCAUCUGGAGAGAGCUAUUGGAUCGUGGAGGAAAGGGUUUGCUUUUGGGAGGAUAUAAUGAGUUCCUGGAGCAUGCCCAGCUUUACUAUGGUGUCACUUCUAGCAUGAUGACUAAGCUGAUGAAGACAAUUGCUCAAGAGAACCUGCAGACACUUAUAGAAACAGAGCUGGAGAAAGAAUCCCUAAAAGACCUCAUCGACCCUUUGCAGGUCUGGAUCACCAGCGCAGCUGCCCCUGCCUGCUACAGCCUCAUUCCCAUCCUGGCCAGCGGCGAGGUGUUCGGCGUGAACACGGAGAUUAGCAUAACUCUAUUUGACAAUAAGCAGACCGAAAAAAUUCUCCAAAUCCUUGCGACAGAGACGCAGGACCUGGUGUCGCCCUUCCUGCGGAGCAUCUCGGUCUGCACGAGGGCGGAGGACGCCUUCCGCCAGGCCCACGUGGUCGUGGUCCUGGACGACCCCACCGACCAGGAGGUGUGCUCGCUGGAGGACAGCAUCCGGAGCAGGGUGCCGCUGUGCCGGCUCUACGGGUACCUGCUCGAGCAAAACGCUCACGACUCUGUCCGAGUCGUUGUGGGAGGAAAGACCUUUGUCAACCUGAAAGCGGCGAUGCUCAUGAGAUACGCCCCGAAGCUCGCGCACAACAUUGUGGCCGUGGCGCUGGGGGUGGAAGGGCAAGCCAAAGCCACGCUGGCCAGGAAACUGAAAACCGCCUCCUCAAGCAUCAAAGAUGUGAUCAUUUGGGGUAAUAUUAGUGGAAAUAGCUACGUUGACCUGAGAAAAGCCAAGGUUUACAGAUAUGAGAGUGCUAUUUGGGGACCUCCUGACUUUUCACGCCCUAUUUUAAGCCUGGUUUUUGAUAGUGAGUGGAUAAACAGAGAAUUUGUGGCAACUCUUCAAGACUUGGUCAGCACAGGAAAACACUUUGGAGGCAUGUUGGCUGCACACAGUAUAGCCACUACAUUGAAAUACUGGUACCAUGGCUCACCACCUGGCGAGAUCGUGUCCUUAGGAGUGUUGAGUGAAGGCCAGUUUGGUAUUCCUGAAGGGAUCGUCUUUUCUAUGCCUGUGAAAUUUGAGAAUGGAACUUGGGUGGUUCUCACAGAUCUCCAAGAUAUUGAAAUAAGUGAACAAAUAAUGACCAGAAUAACAAGUGAUCUAAUUCAGGAAAAACUUGUUGCACUUGGAGAUUUGAUAUCUUUUCAGCCAUAUCAAUCAGAAGUUGAAAGGACUAUCUCACCUGCUACAAGUGAUGACCAGGAAAACCAGAACGUCUCAGAUGAACAUAAAGCUAACACUCAAUUUGAUCCAAUCCAAGAGGAAGGAAAAGAUGUCGUUAAGCCAGAUGCAGUGGAAAAUUCAGAUCUGACUUCUAAAAGCAACUCUGUAAAAACACUCGGUCAAGAACCCAUUCACUCGGAAGGCAAACCUGUGGAACAGUUAACAGAUCAAAAUAGGCCAACUACAAAAGCAUAG